AUGAAUAUCGUUAAAUUACAAAGAAAAUUUCCAAUUUUGACUCAAGAGGACCUUUUUUCCACAAUUGAAAAAUUCAGGGCCAUUGACCUAGAUGAUAAAGGAUGGGUUGAAAAACAGCAAGCUUUAGAGGCGGCGUCCAAAGACGGUGAUGCCACUUAUGACGAAGCAAGAGAAACCCUGAAACAUGUCGGUGUGGAUGCGUCAGGUCGUGUUGAACUGGACGAUUAUGUCGGUUUAGUCGCGAAAUUGAGAGAAUCUAAAACGGGAGCGGCUCCACAGACCACUUUCAAUGUCGCACCUAAUUCAGCCCCUAUUGCUUCCACUGCCGCCACUGGGCUGCAGCACAAGGGUAAGGGUACCCAAGCCAAGAUUAUUGUUGCUGGUUCCCAAACAGGUACUACACAUACCAUCAACGAAGAAGAAAGACGUGAAUUUACUAAACAUAUCAAUAGCGUUUUAGCAGGAGACCAAGAUAUUGGUGACCUGCUUCCAUUUCCUACUGACACUUUCCAAUUAUUUGAUGAAUGCAGGGAUGGGCUGGUGCUGUCUAAAUUGAUCAACGACUCUGUUCCAGAUACUAUCGAUACAAGAGUUUUGAACUGGCCUAAAAAGGGCAAGGAAUUGAAUAAUUUCCAAGCUAGUGAAAAUGCAAAUAUUGUUAUCAAUUCCGCAAAAGCCAUCGGUUGUGUCGUUGUUAAUGUUCAUUCAGAAGACAUCAUUGAAGGUAGGGAGCAUUUAAUUCUAGGUUUGAUUUGGCAAAUCAUUAGAAGAGGUUUGUUGAGCAAAAUCGACAUUAAGUUGCAUCCGGAAUUAUAUCGUCUGUUAGAGGAUGAUGAAACGCUGGAGCAAUUUUUAAGAUUACCUCCCGAACAAAUCUUAUUGCGUUGGUUCAACUAUCAUUUGAAACAGGCAAACUGGAACAGAAGAGUUACUAAUUUUUCAAAAGAUGUCUCUGAUGGUGAGAAUUACACCAUUUUAUUGAAUCAGUUGGACCCCACUUUGUGUUCCAAGGCACCAUUACAAACCACAGACCUAAUGGAGAGAGCUGAACAAGUUCUACAAAAUGCUGAAAAACUAGAUUGUAGAAAGUACUUAACUCCAAGUUCUUUAGUUGCCGGAAACCCCAAGUUAAACUUGGCCUUCGUGGCUCAUCUGUUUAAUACUCAUCCUGGUUUGGAACCUAUCCAGGAAGAGGAAAAACCUGAAAUUGAGGAAUUUGAUGCAGAAGGUGAAAGAGAGGCAAGAGUCUUUACUUUGUGGCUAAAUUCUCUUGACGUCGAUCCACCUGUCAUUUCGUUAUUUGAUGACUUGAAGGAUGGAUUGGUAUUAUUGCAAGCUUAUGAAAAGGUGAUGACCGGUGCGGUUGAUUUCAAACAUGUUAACAAAAGACCUGCUUCAGGUGCAGAGAUCUCCAGAUUCAAAGCCUUAGAAAACACCAACUAUGCAGUCGACUUGGGCAGAGCCAAAGGAUUUUCUUUAGUUGGUAUUGAAGGAUCUGAUAUUGUAGACGGUAAUAAAUUACUGACCUUAGGGCUAGUGUGGCAAUUGAUGCGUAGAAAUAUUUCGAUAACUAUGAAGACAUUAUCGUCGAGUGGCAGAGACAUGAGUGAUUCUCAAAUAUUAAAAUGGGCUCAAGACCAAGUAAUUAAAGGCGGUAAAAGCUCCACCAUUAGAUCAUUUAAAGAUCAAGCUUUAUCAAACGCCCACUUCUUAUUGGAUGUUUUGAAUGGUAUUGCACCAGGCUAUGUUGAUUAUGAUCUAGUCACCCCUGGUAACACGGAAGAAGAAAGGUACGCAAAUGCAAGAUUGGCUAUCUCCAUCGCCAGGAAGUUGGGUGCUCUGAUUUGGUUGGUGCCUGAAGAUAUCAACGAAGUUCGUGCAAGAUUAAUUAUUACUUUUAUUGCUUCGUUAAUGACUUUGAACAAAUGA